UUAAUUGGGUUAUUCAAUUUGGAUUCCAAAAAAUUGUUCAAGAUGUGUUCUCGAUCGAGAGGACAACGUAACCCAUGGACUAUUUAAUAAAGUCAAAUAUAAACCCACAAUCCGUUUAUAUGAAUAUGAUUCGUUUAGGAUAUAUUUUAUAUUAAUAAUAGGUCAAACAAAUUAGCUAUAAAGAAAACCCAAAUUAUUAAAACCUUUGAUGAACUUUUCAGUCAUUUUCCGUUAACAAAACAAUAUACUAUAUUACAUUAUUUAAAAAAAAUAUUAUUAUAGUGAUGUUUAAUACAUUUAAAUUUAUAUAAAAAUAUACUUAGCGGGUGGGUUGGUGGUUGGCUUUCCAUACUGCUACUGCCCAACAAUCAUCAUGCUUCCAGCUUAAGCGAUUCCAAUCUUCAUCUGCACUCAACCCAAAAUAAACAAACAAACACCACCACCAUGUUUAAUUGCAAAAUCCCCACCCUUUUCAAUCCUCCCUUAGUUGUUAAAAGAAGCUUCCAAAGGAAAGAGAAAAAGAAAAGCAUUACAUCAAAACAAAAACAAAAAAAAAUGCUCCAUUUUUGCCACAGCCACUGUUGCAUUUGCAUUCAAGGUUUCUCCAGAUAUGGUACUUGCAAAAAGGAAAAUCAUCCUUCCUCUUGUUUUUCUUCUCGUAAUCAUCUCCAUUCUUAGACUACUCAAACUCACAAUCACCUCAUCAUCUUUUUCAUCUCCCACACUUUUUAUAAACAAAUCAUCCACAUCCAUAUUUUCACCUACUACCAUCGUUUCCAAGCUGAAGCAAACCCACGAACCACCACUCACCCGAAAGGAGAUCCAAUUUCUAAUGGAUAUAAUCCUUCACAAAUCUCCAUGUAACCUUCUUGUUUUCGGGCUACAAGACCAGUACCUCAAGCUACAUGCCAUUAAUGGAGGUGGUACCACAGUUUUUAUAGAUGACAAUCCAGAAAACCUAAACAAAUUGAAAGGGAGUUCCAAUUCUAAUGACACCCUACAAGUUUACAGAGUUGAGUACAACACAUAUGCCAAGGACGCAUACAGGUUGCUGAAGCACGCAAGAUCAAACUCAAGCUGUGAUCUUCGUUCUGGGAUAACAAGUUUGAUGAAGGAAUGUAAGCUUGGGUUAACAGUAGUAACAGGGAUGCCAUUGGAAGUGGUGAAGAUGAAGUGGGAUGUGAUUGUUGUGGAUGGACCAGAUGGAGAUGGACCAGAGUCACCAGGAAGAAUGGGUUCUAUUUUUAUGGCAGGUGUUUUAGCCAAUGGGACCAAUGUGGUUGUUCAUGAUGUUGAUCGAAUGAUUGAGAAGUGGUUUUCUUGGGAGUUUUUGUGCCAUGAGAAUUUGGUUUCCUCUAAAGGGAGAUUUUGGAAUUUUAGGAUACCUCACCAGAUUAUUAGAAACAAUUCUAGCAAAUUUUGUGAAGCAUAGACAAGUUAUGUAGCUAUGAUAUAUAUAUUUUUCGAAUUUCAAUCAUACAAUACAAUGCUACGUUUUUUGAAGUCACUAAUUCAUUGGUAGAUUAUGAAAACACUUGUUUUAGCCCAAUAGUAAUGGCUAUUUAGAUUUAAUUUCAAUGAAAGACACUUCUCUUGUCUA